UUAAAACGUAAAAGAAGAGAAACGCGAGACGGUCCCUAAGCUAAGCGUGAAUAAGAAACUGUUAAAGCGGAUGCUUCGAGUUUUUAAGGUGGAACGGAUAGCGUCAAAAAGAAACUGCGAAUAAGAAGCUGGAUUCAGCCUCGUGGUGAACAAAAACCUUCAUCCAAGUUUCGUCUUCCGGUCUCAGCAACUACGAAACGGUAAAAGUUUUGAAACGAGUGGAUUCGGGUGAUUCUAAUGAAGAUCGGUCUAAAACCAGAAGGAGAAGCAACAGACAGUCUUCCAAAACAGAUAUAUAUAGUGCUGAUCUUAAGCCCAGACCUCCUUUAAACAGAACCCGGAAGAUGUUGGUAGAGGAACCGCAAUCUCGAGCAGUCAAUGGCUCCAAGGAAACGAAGAGGCUUACAGAGAGAGACGAUGGUGAAUCCCCUCCUAAGGCCCAAAAGCUUCAGCAGCCAAAUGAGGCAGGGGAUGGAAAUGACAGGGGUGAUGGAGAUCAAACAGAUGUGGAGAUGGAUGAGAAUACGGAUCAAAAUGAAGAUAUGAACUCGGAUGAAAAGGCUGAGCAGGACAGUUGGAAAUCUAAGUCCGGAAUAGAUGACAAGCAUGAUGCAGAUGUACAGGAAGAAAAUCUACAACGCAACAUGGUUUUGAGGAGCCGAAGAUCCAUUCAUAAGACUGUGGACCCUGAUGUAGAGACAUCAAACUCUACAUUUAGAGAACUGAAGAAUUUUAUGAAAUCGCUCAACGCAAGAGCAAGUCCAGCUUCCAGCUCUAGAGGCCGUAUGUGGUACGUGUGUAAACUUCUGCAGUGGUCUCUGAUACCAAUAGUAUUGCUGGCUUUAAGCUUGUAUGCCUAUCAGUCCUCUUUGCCUAAAACUAAUGCGGUCAAGCAGAUUAUAAAGAGAAGUUCAAGAUGGAGAUAUCUGCCCUGCAGCUACGUUUUCCAAGUCAGCGCUACGUGCUUUGGACUAGGACUGCGAAAUAUCUUGAGCGUCACCUGCAGACAGCCAAUCCCACUGAACCAGUCAGCUUGAUUCUGACCGCCGGCUUGGGGGCAAAACGGACAUUGGCUUGUCUUGCACGAAGCUUAGCCACAGCAUAUUCCGCUUCCCUCAACAAAUCCUCAAUCUUAGAAAUCGAUGGGACUACCAAAACUACGCAAGAUAGUGACCAGGUCAAACUGGAGAUUGAUACAUCUCUAAGGAAAGCCUUUGAAGGUAAUGAAACUGCAGCCGUUGUCCACAGUUUCGAAGAGCUUCCUCCUGGUUCUACGCUCAUAUUCUAUCAUUACUGUGACCACGAGAAUGCAGUUUACAAGAAAGUUUUUCUGGCUUUCACUGUGAAAGUGUCAGUGGAUAAAAUAGACCCAGGGACCAGUCUGAGUAUCGUAGAGGACAUGGUAUACGAUCAGAUAAAAGAGAAGUUUGUCUCCUCCGAUAAGUCAGGUGUGUUUAAUAAAAUGGACGUAGACAAACUAAGUGGACUGUGGAGCAGAAUCUCUCACGUCAUCCUGCCCGUGUCUGCAGAGGAGAUAAUUGAACAGAUGGGCUGUGAGGCCUGAUUGAAACCUAUCAGACCCCACUGGAAAGCACAAAAUCUUCAUCGACAUUUUGUACAAUUUUGAGUAAAACCUUUGUGGCAUCGCGGCCACAUAAAUGUAAGAGAAAAUUCUUAUUCCAAAUACGUUUUUAAAGGACAACUGUAGGAUUUAUUGUUAUUAACAUUUUAUAAAAAUGCUUUUGUAUUUGUUGAUAUUUUGUUUCUGUUAAUAUGUGAAAACCAUAGAACGCCAUGUGUGAUGGCAAGCACUUGAUAAUAUUUCAUCGUUGCUUUUGCUUUAUUCGAAAGCAUUUGAGAUCCAGAAUAAAUCCGCUCAUGAAUUAGAUGUACAGCAUUUCCUUGUACUUGUGUUAAUGAUUAAACUGUUGCACUGAAUUUUUGAAGGUUAACUCUUCAAAUCUAAACUUGACUUUUACAGAUGAAAAUUUUGUUAUGCUUGAUAAUUGUAUUUUUGUGUGAAGAUCAAAUAUAAACAACUCAUUUGUUA